UUUAAACCUUUUCAUCGAAUGCGUUACCAAGGCCCAGUUUCGCUCGCCAACAUCCCUGGAGAAAUCGCGACGGCGCAGACGAAGCUGGCGCCGUCAUCGCCAGAGACCUGUCGGAGCCUGAGGAGCCUAGCGGUUUUGACGACUGUUGCUGUUGGUUGUGCCAGGGCCUCCUUCAUAGCCCAAAUCAGACACCUGCCAGUCCUGCCUCGCUCCCUGCAGCAGCUGCUGGCUCCGACCCAGUAGCCCCAUCCUCGACACCUGCGGCACGUGCGCCUGCCAUCAUCCUCAUCAUCAUCAUCAUGGGCUCCUCCCCCUCCUGCAUGACGGGAGCCAAUUCACCCGCUGCGGCGCUGAACCGCUCCGUGCAGGCUGGCGAUGAGCACUCCGUGUUGAUGCGACUCAUUGAGAAGCCUGCACUGCUGAGCAAGCCCACCGCCGCCGGCAGCAAGAGCGGAGGGCUGGGCGGCUCGCUGGCCGCACAGCUGCUGCCCUGGACUGCCGCACACCAUAACGUGACGCCAGUGCAUGUGGCGUGUGAGAGCAAGCAGGUUAAGGCCGUGGAGCAGAUGCUGUCGUUUCUGGACAGCUCGCCGCUUGAGGUGGUGCGGGCGGCGCUGGCGCCCUACUGCCGCCGCGCGGGCCUGCCGCUUCCGGACAGCCCGGCUGAGGGCGUGAGGCUGGCGGCGGGCAUGGCCAACUGCAAGGGCCAGACGCCGCUUAUGUACGCGUGCUACGCGGGCUGCCCCGAGCUGGUUCGGCUGCUGCUGGAGCGGGGGGCAGACCCCUGGGCCGGAGACCGCUGCGGCCAGCGCACCGCACUGCACUACGCAGCGAUGUCGGGCAGCGCUGCCUGCAUUGCCGCGCUCAUGGCGCACACCCCUCCGCACAUGCUGAACCGGCAGCCGCCUGAGCACGAGCUGGGCAACGCCUCAGCCGGCUGCCGCUACGUGGAUGCGCGCAGCCUAUGCGGCCUGACGCCGCUGCACUAUGCGGCAUUUUUUGCCUGCGACCCCUCCGCCACGUCGGAGGCUGCAAGCACCCCUGCUGACGCCGCGACCUCCGCCACCGCCGCAGCCGCCGACGCGCUGGCGGCUCUGCGGGAGCUACUACGGCACGACCCGUCGCUGAACGCAACCUCCACUUGCGAGAGCUAUGACGUGGCGGUGACUUGUGCCGCCGCCUCCACGCCCCUGCACAUGGCGGCGGUGCGGGGCAACCUGGGCGCCGCGCGGGACAUCCUGCACCACUACGCGCUGCGCUCCGCCAGCAACCACGGACACUGGGUGGCUGACCCCCGCACACGCGCCAACGACCUUGGCAUGUUUCCCUGGCAGGUGGCCUCCGCCUACCACCCAGCCAAUGCCAAACUCGCAGCACUGCUGCACCCCGGCCGCUCCGUAGAGGCGGCCCUGAUGUGGUUUGCGGAGGUGCUGCAAGGCGAGGAGGAGGCAGAGCGCAGCCGCGCGGCGCGUGAGGCAGCGCAGGAGCAGCGGGACGGGGGACGGCGCUGGGCGCGGCGCCAGCGCGAGGCACGUGAGGAGCAGCACGCGGUUGUAAUGGACCAGGUCAGUCGCAGCAAUGCCGCGGCGGCCGCUGCGACGGGGUCAUUCGUUGCCGCGGGUGGCAGCAGUGUGCACGAUCAUGUCUAUGCGCAGCUAGUUCUGGGAGGUGUGGGCGGCAUCGGGCCGGCCCCUCUGGCAGCCAUUGCGGCGGCUGCGCUGCGGUCACGGCUGUUGCACGACCUGCACCAACUGGAGAGCGAGGAGCCGCCGCAGACGAAACUGCCGCACCAGGUGCAAGUGGAGGAGGCGGUGGCGGCAGCGGAAGACGCCGAGGAGGAGGACGAGGACGCCCUGUGCGGCGUGUGCUUCGCGGAGCCCAAGCAGGUGGCGCCGACCGGCUGCGGCCACGGCCUGUGCCGCGGCUGUGCGGCGGCGCUGAGCCGCGGCCUGGCAGCGGCCAGUGGCAAGGACGGUCGCAAGCCGGUGCUGUGCCCCUUCUGUCGCCGCGGUGUCGCCGGAUUCACAGCCUAUGCUGCACCGACGGCAGCCGCGCCGGUGGGCCUGUCGGAGACCUAGCAGCCGGAGCCGAACCUUGAGCUUGUGCCUGCGUGAGGCAAGGCUCUGCCACGCCAGGGAAGAGCCAAUGGCUAGGACCCGCCGCUCGUGUCCCGCAAAAGAUGGUUCCAUUUCUAGGCUAUCGAGCUAGGAUGUGCUGGUGAUGACUGCCCAAAGGUUUGUCAUGCAGCCUGCCUUAGUAAUGAGACCGUGGCUCCGGGUAGUCCGGUAGUAUGUAGGCAGCAUGGUGGUUCCCUACGAGUUUGUGUGCUAAGUAUAUGCCAAAUUGUAGAACGCCUACAAUUACGGCCAAAAGUGUUCAGGUUUACGUUAUGGCAGGAUGGCACGAUGGCACGCGCGCGUGUGAUGUUAUGCGUAUCAGGAGGCUAGGACGAUGGCAAGGUCGCACUGUGCAGGUGAGUAUGCCACGCCGUGUUUGAGUUGAGCUUCUUUCUUCAUCCGCAACAUUGUCUGUCGGGUAUAGAAUUGGACGGUGGGGGAACCGGGGAUGAGGUGUUUCCGGACCAACGUUGCACUGCAGGGCCGCGACGCCAACUCUGCGACGAACAUGCGGCACGCGCUGAUGGAGAUGCUGCUUGGUAGAGCGCGGCCUGCUGCCCUGCGCCGCGGUGGCGGCGACGGCGGUGGUGGUGGAGGGCCUUGCCCCACCAGCAGCAGCAUCCGCAGCGGCCCCGGGCCCCGGCGGCAGCGGCCCUGGGCCCAGCAGUUGCGGCGUGUACGUGCGUAGCGGAGGGGGCGAGUAAGGGUACGUGGAGGAGCACAGCGCGGCGUCGCCCAAAAAAGCGGCGCAGGCGCGCAGGUUGAGGCCGGCCGGUGUCUGGUUAGUGGUCUUUGCUGGCACGCAUAGUACAGCAAAGUUUGUGGUAGGCCGCAGCAGUGAGGAGUAUUGUGGCUAGAGGAUUCCCUGCUGUUAGUUGAUUGCUGGCUGUGCUUGUGCUUGGCAGCGAGACGUGGCUGGACGCAUGGCGGGCCGUGCCUGCACGAACCGACCCCGGCUAUGCCCGGGAGAUGAGGUAGACGCUUGCAGCCUCAGACUUUCUUGCCAGAACAACUCCACUGGGAAGUUGCUGUCUGGCACGCAGCCGCUAGCUGAGUGAUUGAAUGUUUGGAGCGUGGGGCAGGAGGCUGCUGGCAGCUGGCUUAGGCGUUACAUGUUGGCCGGACCCCCACUUUGGCGGCAGCCGCGGGUCGUCGACCCAGCUGGUGAUCUGGCCGGGCAUAGCUAUGAGUGUCGCUGUUACAAGCUAUUCACAUAGCUGGAUCUGAAGUCGAGCUUAGCUUGGCCAUGUGGACUUGAAGUUCGUAGCUGUGGGCUGUGGUCACCUGUAACUGGCUUCGCCAUAAUGAUACCGUACUGUUGCCACUGUGACUCUUAACAUACAUUGUAACGUUCAUACAUUGGUCUGUGGUCCAGGGGUGCACAUUGCAUUGUAAUAAAAUGCCUGA